GCGGCCCUGCCCCUGUGGGCUGCUCCGGGCUCAGUCCCUCCCGCCGCGAGCCGCCCGGGCGGCGGCUGCAGCUGCACCGGUCGCGGGACAGAUGCAAGUAGCUGGGGACAGGGGUGUUUUUGGUCCGUUGGAGAUGUCAGUCAGGGCCCAGGAGGAAAUUAGCAACGGCGAGCGAGUGCUGGGCGCGCGGUGCCCGGAGCCGUCCUUGGCCGUGGGCCGCCGGGGCCUAUCGCGGGCGGGAUGGCGCGCGAGGGCGCCGCACAGCCUUGGAGCCCGUCCCGAUGCUGACCCGGCUCAGAAGCCCCAAUCCGCCUGUGGCAGCUAGGAUCCGGGCGGCCGCGCCAGGCCUACGACUCUAGCUAGUGGGCGGGUAUCCAGAUCAGGCUUCGCAGUCGCCACUGUCCCUUUCCCCAUUCCAAUUUAGCCGCAAUGGAUACUGCUAGCCAUAGCCUUGUUCUUCUGCAGCAGCUGAACAUGCAGCGAGAAUUUGGUUUUCUGUGUGACUGCACAGUUGCUAUAGGGGAUGUUUACUUCAAAGCCCACAGAGCAGUACUUGCUGCUUUUUCUAACUAUUUCAAGAUGAUAUUUAUUCACCAAACAAGUGAAUGCAUAAAAAUACAACCAACUGACAUCCAGCCCGAUAUAUUCAGCUACUUGUUGCAUAUUAUGUACACAGGAAAAGGGCCAAAACAGAUUGUGGAUCAUAGCCGUUUGGAGGAAGGGAUCCGGUUUCUUCAUGCUGACUACCUUUCUCACAUUGCAACUGAAAUGAAUCAAGUGUUCUCACCAGAGACUGUGCAGACCUCAAAUUUGUAUGGUAUUCAGAUUUCCACAGCCCAGAAAGCAGCUGUCAAACAAGGGCUGGAGAUCAAAGAAACUCCUCCCAGUAGCAGUGGAGACAGAGCCGCUAUCCAAGGCGACCACCCUCAGCUGCAGCUCUCUCUUGCGAUUGGGCUAGAUGACGGCAAUGCCGAGCAGCAGAGGGCCCAUCCAGCUGCCCAGGCUCUGGAGGAGCACCAGAAGCCCCCAGUGUCCAUCAAACAGGAGAGAUGUGACCCAGAAUCUGUGAGCUCCCAAGGCCACUCCUCAUCCUUGUCAGAGGUGACCAGCCCCACUUUUACAGAGAACAGUGUCAAAGUCCACUUAUGCCAUUACUGUGGGGAGCGUUUCGAAUCCCGUGGUAACCUGAGACAGCACCUCCAUACCCAUGUGUCUGGAUCUCUCCCAUUUGGGGUCCCUGCUUCCAUUUUGGAAAGUAAUGACCUUGGUGAAGUGCAUCCACUUAGUGACAGCAUCGAGGCUCUAGAGUGCAGGAGGCUUAGCUCCUUCAUUGUCAAGGAGAAUGAGCAGCAGCAGCCACCACCUGAGCUCUCUAGCCGGGCUACCUCAGAGCCUUUACAGAUCAGUCAAGUAUCCUUGAUCUCCAAAGACACAGAGCCAGUAGAGUUAAACUGUAAUUUUUCUUUUUCAAGGAAAAGAAAAAUCAGUUGUACCAUCUGUGGUCAUAAAUUUCUUCGAAAGAGCCAGUUACUGGAACACAUGUACACACAUAAAGGUAAAUCUUACAGAUAUAACAGAUGCCACAGGUUUGGAAAUUCACUGACCCAGAGGUUUCAGCAGUACUGUGAUAGCUGGCCCGAUGUCCCCUUAAAAAGUUCUCGCUUGUCACAGGAACAUUACGACUCGCCUUGUGCCUCAGCGCCAGAGCUCACCCAAGGGGGCGUGGACGCCAUCCUUGUUGACUAG